AUGUCUAGUCUUUUUGGAGGUGCGUCUUCUUCUAGCUCAAGCACGACCGCUGGAGAUCUCAAGAACGAUGUUCCUCUACAGCCACCCGUCGAUGAUAGCGUGUCAGACCUACAAUUCUCUCCCACCGCGGACUUUCUUGCAGUGGCAUCAUGGGACAAGAAGGUCAGGAUAUAUGCGGUCAGUGAGCAGAGACAGUGUGAAGGGAAAGCGAUCAUCGACUUCGAGGCACCUGCUCUAGGCUGCGCAUGGUCACCGGAUGGCACCAAGAUCGCGGGCGUAGGCGCAGACCAACACAUCCGACUUCUCGAUCUCAACAAUGCAGGUAACCCACCACAGUCUCUCAAAGCGCACGAUGCACCGAUUCGAGCCUGCAAGUUUGCGACAAUCAACCAGCAGCCAUUCUUGAUUACCGGGUCAUGGGACAAGAAAGUCAAGUACUGGGAUCUACGAUCUGACAAGCCGAUCGCGGAGCUCGAGCAACAAGAGCGAGUAUAUGCUAUGGACGCUAAGGACAACCUACUUGUGAAUCCACAGACUAUUUACAAGACGAUCCAGUCUCCUCUCAAAUUUCAGACACGAGUCGUUGCCUGCUUCAAGGAAGCUAACGGGUUCGCUGUUGGUAGUAUUGAGGGCCGAUGUGCAAUCCAAUAUGUUGAAGAGAAGGAUGCUAGCAGCAAUUUCAGUUUCAAAUGCCACCGAGAACCCAUACCAAAUAUGAAAGACGGUAGCAAUGUCUACAGUGUCAAUGCUAUCUCUUUCCAUCCAGUGCAUGGCACAUUCUCUACAUCAGGCGCUGACGGUACUUUCCACUUCUGGGACGGCAACGCCAAGCACAGACUGAAGGGAUAUCCCACCACCGGUCAACCCAUUACCGCAACUGCUUUCAACUACCAAGGUACCGUCUUUGCCUAUGCAAGCUGCUACGACUGGAGCAAGGGAUUCCAGCACAACCUUCAGACAAAUAAACCACAGAUCAUGCUUCAUCAAGUCAAUCAAGAGGAAGUCAAACCACGACCAAAGACCACAGGUGCUAGAAGAUAG